AACUGGUGGAAAGUGAAAAUGGUGGUGGUGGAGACAGGUCACACUCGCCCUCUCCUCUACAACUAGGCGCUCAUGGCCGUGUGUGGGUGUCCGCGGGUGUGCUGAGUGGACAUGGAGUGAAGUGCGUGUGUCGGGGAAGCCUUAGCGUAGUGUUAAUGCAAGAUGGGUAACUGUUUUAGUAGCAGUAGUGGCGGUAAUAAGGAUGCCUCCAAUGAGACCCGAGUCAUCACACAGCCCAGUAAUCUUUUCCCGGAGCAAGUUCCUUCCCAGCCGAUAACCAUCCCCCAGAACAAUGACCCGGCCGGGGCAACACGUGGGUCGGCAGAUAACCAGGGACUCAGUGGCCGUCCUGUCAAUGGCCUCAGUCCGCUGCCGUCCCUUCCUGACUCGGAGGGAACAGCAUCCACGUCAAAAAUAUUCGUGGCUCUCUAUGACUACGAUGCCAGGACAGACGAGGACCUGAGCUUCCGCAAGGGGGAGCACCUGGAGAUCCUGAAUGACACGCAAGGGGACUGGUGGUUUGCGCGCUCCAAGGCAACCAAGCAGGAAGGCUACAUCCCCUCCAACUAUGUGGCCAAGCUCAAGAGUAUAGAAGCUGAGCCAUGGUACUUUGGGAGGAUCAAGAGGAUAGAGGCGGAGAAGAAGCUGUUGUUGCCGGAGAACGAGCACGGAGCGUUCUUGAUACGAGACUCGGAAAGCAGAAGAAAUGACUACUCUCUCUCGGUCCGAGAUGGUGAUACAGUCAAACACUACCGAAUUCGCCAGCUGGAUGACGGUGGGUUCUUCAUUGCUCGCCGCACCACUUUCCGAACACUACAGGACUUGGUGGAGCACUACAGUAAUGACGCUGAUGGCCUCUGUGUCAAUCUCAGGAAACCGUGCAUACAGGCUAUUGAGAAACCAGUGACGGCCGGCCUGUCCCACAACACACGUGACCAGUGGGAGAUCGACAGGUCAUCUCUCAAGUUUGUGCGCAAGCUUGGCCAUGGACAGUUUGGUGAAGUGUGGGAAGGCCUCUGGAACAACACCACGCCUGUUGCCAUCAAGACACUCAAACCUGGCACUAUGGACCCCAAGGACUUCCUGGCGGAGGCACAGAUCAUGAAGAAGCUCCGGCACUGCAAGUUGAUACAGCUGUACGCCGUGUGCACGCUGGAGGAGCCCAUCUACAUCAUCACCGAGCUCAUGAAGAAUGGAUCACUCCUCGAAUACUUGCAGGGCAAGGGUCGAGGAUUGAAACUGAACAACCUGAUAGACAUGGCGGCACAGAUAGCGGCUGGCAUGGCGUUCCUCGAGUCGCAGAACUACAUCCAUCGAGACUUGGCGGCGAGGAACGUUCUGGUCGGCGACAGCAACAUCGUCAAAAUUGCUGACUUUGGGUUGGCGCGUCUCAUCAAGGAGGAUGAGUAUGAGGCGCGAAUUGGUGCUCGUUUCCCCAUCAAGUGGACGGCCCCCGAGGCAGCCAACUACUCCAAGUUCUCCAUCAAGAGUGACGUGUGGUCCUUUGGCAUUCUGCUUACUGAACUCAUCACCUAUGGUCGCAUACCUUACCCUGGUAUGACCAAUGCUGAGGUACUGCACCAAGUGGAGCAUGGAUACCGCAUGCCCCCUCCACCUGGCUGCCCUUCAACCCUGUAUGAGAUCAUGUUGGAGUGCUGGCACAAGGACCCUAUGAAGAGACCUACGUUUGAAACACUCUCAUGGAAGCUGGAGGACUUCUUCACCCUGGACAACUCCGAGUAUAAAGAGGCCACUGUAGCCUACUGACCCUCAGUCCUGAAGCCCAGGUCUGGGGGCUGUCCUGAUGCAGAGCUGUAUCCUGCCUUCACCUAGAGUUGUUGCCAGACAUUGUGUGCAUGGUAAGACCAGUUUUGCUGCCUAGACAGAGAUGGCGCCAUGAGAAUGUGUGCUUUGUGUGGCUGCCUUGUGCUCUGGCUGGUGAUGAGCAGUGUGGCAGUGGUUAGGUAACUGUGCUCCUGAACUCUUCAGUGCUGGGCCUGAUGGUCAGCAUACAGUGAGAGGUGGACCCUGUCAGGUUGAGCAGGAGCAGCGCAGUGUGGGAGUAGAAAGAGUUACUCCAGCGUGAACAAUAUACUCAUGUGCCCAAUUUGAUUAUUAUGUGGACAUUUUAAGCUGCCUUUGUCCCGGUCAACAAUAAAUAAGGGAAGUUCAUGUAAGACUAUAACCAUGCAAGGUGAAGCGUGCAUGCAUCUAUAGACUCGGAGGCAGCUGCUGGAGAGAACUUGAAGGAAACAGGUUUACAGCAAUAGGACAUUGUACUCCUCUAUUGGACUGAGAGCAUGUACCUCUCAGUCAUGUAGAGGAGUCUGUAUCUUGUGUGAAAUGUAUUGACACUAAGAGUAGAGGCAGGAGGUAGCGGCCCGGGUGUCCCUCUGCGCCUCGGAAUGUGAGGAAAGUGUCACAUCACAGUUUAAAUCCUAGAAACCAUUUUUUAUAGUGAUGGUUUGUGAAAAACUUUUUUAAUGAUGAGAGGGAGCAGACAAUGAUGUAUGUAUAGUAUAUUUAUAAUGAAUUGCAGGUCAAUCAGAAAACUGCCAAACUAAGGGAAACCUUUGUGGGAACGUAUACAUGCGUACAUACUGCAGAGAGCUUCUCUGUUGCUUUUUGACUGAGGAGAGGUGUUUCCCCAGCUGUAAUCUGAAUGAAGUAUACAAGAAUUUAACUGUGCUUGGUGACAUUGAUCAACAGGUGUCUGUUGUUGAGAGACCACCUGUGUAUGGAUGGUACUUGUGUCAAGCUUUUCACUGUUCUGCCAGACUCAAACUGUGAUUAACUGUAUGGAGCUUGAUACCCAAAGAGUCGCAAUCUUUUACUCUACUACAGUCAAUAUUCAUUUUCAGUAUAAAUUUGCAAAUGUCACAAAUUCCAAUAGUUUGUCAUCUCAUGUAAUGCCUUAGAAUUGCACCAAAGAAUAGAUUAAAAUUUCCUUUUUUGGAAAUUGCUGUGGUGUGCAAGUAUAAGUGACUCAUCCUUUUAUGCUCAACUUGUAAGGUAUGUGGCAGGUGGUGGUGUGUGUGUCUGCUGUGCCUGGGAGUGGCAGGCGGGCCGGGGCAGCAGGACGGCGGCAACAGUUGCUGCCCUGCUGCCCCAGAUGACAUACUGAGGGGAGCCAGACAUGCUGGUGUCAGCAAACCUGCACAAUUUUUUAAUGAUAUAAAACUGGUAAUUGUAUUUUGGCCUACAGUAUAUAAUGGGUAGAUACAUACGUGUCCUGAUGUCUGCUUUGGGGCGGCCGUGGCCGAGUCCAUGGCCAGAGUGGAUGCGAGUCUGAACAUGGAAGUUUUGGACCAUAAGUAGACUUUUCCAUUAAGUAAUCAUUAUUCUUGGUUUUAUUAUUUUUUAUAUUUUAAUAAUUUAAUAUUUUAUGUACAAUUCAGUGGAGCAGAGAAGAUUUUGAAAUUAAAAAAAUUCAGUUUUAAGUGGCUUUUAUUGGCAUUAUCUAUUGUGAACACCAAAUUAAGAAUUGGUCUUUCUUAGUUUGAUGUCUGCUUUGCUCUGAAUCAGUUUCAUGUUUUGUGUUUGUUUAUUUUCUUAAAGUAUGUUAACUUGUUUUAAUAGUUUGUCUACUUAACAGUCUACUUCAUCCUAAGCAUGUGUGACACACUAGCCAGCCAGCCAGCCCCCUGCCCCCAUGCGUCCCCUCCCUCCUCACCACUGCUGUAAUGUCUGUAGCUUGUCCACAACUCUCUUAAUUAAAGGCUUGGAAAUGGGCGCUCAUUCCCAGUAGUGUGUAACUAUUGGGGCUUUACUGCAGCAGGUCCUUUGUACAUUUGUAUAUAUUUGUAUAGAUUUCAUGUGAUUCUGUUUCCAUUUGUGUAUUUGUAACACUUUGUCUUAUUAAGUGUAAGGGGAAAGUGUGGGAACCAACCAGUGAUUUUGUCUGUAUACAUCAUGCAAGGGUUUGGGAAUACUUUAAUAUGCAAUGUUUGUAAGGCAAAUACUGUCAUUGGUUCAAUUUCUCAAAUAUUACAGAAUGCAUAUAAUCUGAAGAACAAGACAUUUUUGCACCAAAUGAAUCUUUUUGGGAGACUAUAAUUUUUCACAACAAACAGGUCUCUAACAUUGUGACAAAACAGUCACAGCCACAUGUGUGUCAGGUUGUCUCACUCAUGCAACAUUUGUUCACCAAGCCUACACUUCCUGGUGCACAACCUUAAGUAACUUGUCCUGUGUAUAUCAUUUCAGUGAUUACUUCAUGUGAGCUUGGCUGUUCAUUGAUGAUGAAUGAACAGUGCUUGCAUGGGAAGUAAUGAUUAGUCCACUAACCUUGUUUAACCAUCUGUGUGUGUGUGUGUGUGUGUGUGUGUGUGUGUGUGUGUGUGUGUGUGUGUGUGUGUGUGUGUGUGUGUGUGUGUGUGUGCAUGCCUGCAUGCAAGCGUGUGUAAGAAUACCUAGAAUGAUUAUGGCCUUGUGAAUUCAAAAUUAAUUGUACAAUAUUAGGAAGUAACUACCUUCAUUUUUCAAAGAAGGCUAUAUUUUCCCUUUCUCUUAGAUAUUUAUAUAUUAAAGGAAGUAACAUUAAAACUCAGUUAUGAGCUCUGUAUGCAAAAGCCAACCAUGAUGUAGAUACCUUCCUUGUGUUAGUUGUCUACUGGAGAAAAUAUUUGGGGGCUGUUUAGUUAAUGUUAAAGGCAGUUAGGUAAUUAUUUAUUAAUCAAAUCAAGAAAACCAAGAACUGGACUGAAUUGCUAGGAACUUUGAGCUGGCUUUGGUGUGGUUACAGUUAUAUAUACUACAGUAACAUUAAGAUUAUAUUUAGGCUUACUCAUUAUCACAAAGGAAAAUUAAAUGGGAAAUGUGCAAUUAUUCCAACAGCAACAUUAAAAAAAAAAAAUCCAUUGAAGCAGAGAUUGUCUGAUCAGUAAGUCAGACAGCCAGCAGCAGGUGUGGGAGUCAGUCAGUGGCUUGCAGUGCUAAAGGCAUGACUGUCAUGCUGUGCACUGCUUUCCUGUCAUGUGGCCUUCAUUAUCAGAAGUAAUACGACAUGCAGGAGAAAUGUAAUGCUUAGUCAUGCACUGAGUGGGAGAAAUUAUGACUCAGAAUCAAGGCCCAUUCACUCUCAUCAAUGGUAUGUCAGCUUGGUGUCAGUGAAAUCUUAACAAUUCAGUGGCGUGUGUUCACACUCAUCUGUACUGUGUCAGUCAUUUCCAAGAUGGCAGAGUUUUCAGAUGCUAAAUUGGUAAUGAUUGCCACAUUCUUGAUAAAGAGGAAGAGGCUGAACAUGAGGAAAAACGUGGAAGAAAGGAGAAAGUGAAGGAGAGUUUGCCACUCUAUAAGGAGUUCAGUGAUGAGAGAAAUCUUUGAGACUGCUGUCCAUACACUGUGGCUGUGACCAAUCAUGCAGAACAGUGAUUUUAACCAAUUCAAGAAUUAGUUCAUCAUGUAGAUAUUCUUGCGGACAGACACACAACACUUGUCCAGAAUCCGUGAAACACUGAGAGACAGAACUGACAGUGUCAAAACAUGGCACUGUGCUGGACAUGUCAAUACUCAGCCAAAUUCAGUUUUUUUUUUUUUUUUUUUUUUUUCCCCAAUGCCACUGCAGCACCGAGGUAACACACUGAUGUGUGUGUGAGUGGGCCUGUAGUUUGAAAUGUUGCCAACACAAAGAAGGUCACCAGUUAUUCCUGUACAUGUACAAUGACAGUAUUAGUGUGUCAGUUCUGUCGGGAUUUGCACAUUUCUAAAUGAACAUCCAAAAAAUGUUGGUCAAGUUUAUAUAUUUUUUUAAAUUGGAAAAGUUGUGCAUGUUUUCCAUGUGUCAGGAAGCUACAUAGUAUCCCUUCAGAUGAUGAAUAUAAUAACAGAGGCAUUUAAUUUGUAGUGCUAUAUGUAGUUAGCUUUUGUGGCAGUAAAAAGAUAUUUUGUAAUGAAUGAUUUAAUAUUUUGAGAUAAUUGUGGUCAUGAAGUAAUAUAAGCAUCAAUAAUUUAAAAUAUUUUUCAGAUAAUUACAGCCAUAAAAUUAUCAUUAGCACUGUUAGGAAUGUGAAAUUAUAAAGCUGUGACGUCAUAAGCAUCCAGAAAUCAUAUUUAUGUGCCGCUAAAUUUAUACUUUAUAGUUCCAGCCACGUGUCUUAUGUGUGUGUAGGUGUGCGUGUCCUCCAGAGGUGCUGGUGCACUCCCGUGUCAUAACUCUAGUGUUACCUGGUAACUGCUGAGUCUCCCCGACUCUUGCUUGGUAAUUACUACUGUGGCCCAAGAUGAAGCCACUUUUAAUGUUUGUGAGUCAACAAGGAAGGGCUGUAGGCCCAUAGUCAGUCACUAGUGGGACAUCACUUGGCCCCGUCCACCACUUUAGGAGCAGCACAGAGUUACAGGGAUAGCGGGGUGCACACAUCACAGAGGUUAACAGUUGGCAACUUUGUCUGCCAGGUGUCAGCAGAAAACUGUGCAAAAGUGCCUAUGGCAUUUGCUCUUGGUCUCUUAGGGAAGUGUUUCUAGUGAUUCUUGGGAAGGAAAGCCUCUGUUUGUCCACCCCUCAAUUUAGAUACAGGUGCAUUUCCUGAUUUAACACUUCUUUGUUUUACUGUUGUCCAGCCAAUAGCUCAGUCUUUCCUUUGACAGCCAGGAUGAUGAUGUCCUUCAUUAACACAAAGGUGCACUCACCAGCAAGGCAUUGACUAUACAAGCAGUAAAAAAUUAUGCUUACUUUACUGAGAGAUGUUAGUUUUCUUUGCAGGUAUUUCAUGUAUUAGUGCAUAUUGAUGUGAACAUUGACAAGAAAGGACACUUCAAAGUUUCCUUGGGCACUUUCUUAAAAACUGAGCUAAUUGAUAUUAUAGGCUUAAGUUGGUAAGAUAUAAGAUAGUCUUCUAAAAGGUGGUUUUUGUAAGAAGCGAAGCUUUCAAAGGCAACCAUGUCCCAUCCUCCUGUAACUACUAAGUCAUGAUUAUUUUUGUUAAGAUUGUGGUAAGCUUCUGCCUCUCCGCUGGGUCUCAGGUUGAAUGUUGCGAGAAGUUAGAUGCAGAGAGAAGAAAAUUCAGAUGUAGUUUGAAUAUUUUGAUAUAUUUUAUAUGCAUAUAAUAACUUCACUAACAUUCUCUGACUUUCUGGUUUACCAAUUAUUUUAUUCAGUAUUAUAUCAUAGAAGUCAAGUUUUGUAGGUUUCCUUUAUACACAAAACGUGAAAGAUUCCUUACCAAACUGACGCUGAAUUAUGAUUAUGUAUGCAUAACUCUUAAGUUUUAAUCCAUCUUCACAAAAAAGCUCAAACAUGCUCUCAGAACACUGACAAAAGAGAAAACUUUGUAUUAAUCCUUAGCGGCACAAUGGUGUACAUGACUUGCCAAUCCGUGCCUGCUGCUUGCCCACUCACAGCAACAAGUCAAGUGGAAUUCCAUGUAAACUAAUAUAUAUAUAUAUAUAUAUAUAUAUAUAUAUAUAUAUAUAUAUAUAUAUAUAUAUAUAUAUAUAUAUAUAUAUAUAUAUAUAUAUAUAUAUAUAUAUAUAUAUAUAUAUAUAUAUAUAUAUAUAUAUAUAUAUAUAUAUAUAUAUAUAUAUAUAUAUAUAUAUAUAUAUAUAUAUAUAUAAUCUUUAGGAACAAAGUUUAAUGUUGGAUUUCUGUGACAUCAGGAUUUGUGUUACUGUAGUACAUAAUGCUAUGGUGGUAUGAUACUCACAAGGAGGAAGGUUAGUCUGUGUUUUGAGUCUCUGUGAAUAUAUAGUCCUAUCCCAAUAUUUAUGAGUACUGAAGGAUGUACAGUAAUUUAUUCCCUUCUGUUGGCGACAUGAAGCUUUGUGUCCCGCUUGAAGUCUGAGUGAGGAUGAGGAGGUGUAAUGUAUUCACAGGAAGACAACUAUGAUGCAACUGAAAGAAGUGAUAUACUGCAGGAAGUCAAGUGCCCUGUGUUUUCUACGAAGAUGUUUUAGCUUUUCUAUCAUUACAUUACGCGUGGGGAGGUGUUGCCGGCGCAUGUCACUCAAAGGAAGUUUAAGAAAAUCUUGUCUAUCAAAGUGAUUUCUCAAUAUUCUGGAUUUUUUAAUAUUUUCUUUGUUUCUAUUGUUAAUGUGACAUGUGGACCAUUUGUCUUGAAGUAUGGGUUGAAAUUGUUUACUUAUGAUAAAGAUCCUGUUAAUUUUUUCUUUGGUAAAUGUAAUUCAAUUUGAUAGUCACAAGCUAGACCAUCACUGUAGCAACAAUUCUAAAUAUCAAACUGCAAGUUAGUGAAAGGUAUUUACAAGUUACCUUACCCAACAAAUAAUAGGUCAAAAAGAGUACAGUUAGGUAACUUGUAUGCAUGUUCGUAAUGAAAACUUUGAAAAUA